UCUUCUUCCUCAACGCCAUUUCUUUCUGUGACUCUUUUUUUGUCUCCGUUUUUAGAGAGAGAAAUGCAGUGAGAAACUAAGGGUCAAUACAAAAAGCUUUCCUUGUGUUCACGUCUUUGCCAUUGAAGAUAGUAGGACGCAACCUCUUAUAUUUUAGAGUUUAAGUGCAGAAACGCAAAGGAUUUUGUUACAUAAUUCAAAUCAAGAGUUUUUAAGUGCUUAUCCAUGGCAAACAAUGAAGAGGGGAAGCCUUCUAAGUCUGAAAAAUCACCUUCACCUGCACAACUGGAUCAGACUAAUCAGGCCAGUCAGACCAAUAUUCAAGCCUAUCCUGAUUGGGCAGCCAUGCAGGCAUAUUAUGGUCCCAGAGUCGCUAUUCCACCAUAUUACAAUUCCCCCAUGGCUUCAGGUCAUCCUCCUCACCCAUAUAUGUGGGGCCCAACACAGCCAAUGAUGCCACCUUAUGGGGCGCCUUAUGCGGCAAUCUACCCACAUGGAGGGGUUUAUGCACAUCCUGGAGUUCCUCUUGGGUCACAUGCACUUGGUCAAGGGGUUCCAUUGUCACCUGCCCAGGCUGUAACUCCUUUGAGCAUUGAAACACCCACGAAGUUGGGAAAUACAGAUCAAGGUUUUAUGAAGAAGUUGAAAGAGUUUGAUGGGCUAGCAAUGUCAAUAGGCAAUGGUAGUGCUGAGAGCACUGAGGGUGGGGCUGAACAUAGGAUGUCACAGAGUGUGGAGACUGAAGAUUCCAAUGAUGGAAGUGACGGGAAUACUGCUAAGGGAAAUCAAUCCCGAAGGAAAAGAAGCCGUGAGGGAACACCAACCACUGUCAUUGGUGGCAAGACAGAGACACAUGCCAGUACAGUUUCUGCCAAGGAGGUAAAUGCCACUACCGAUAAGGUAUUGGGUGCAUUUGAGCUCAGGAACACUCAUAACGUGAACACCAUGACAACACCUACUAGUGUCCCUCAAUCUUGUACAGUACUGCCUUCUGAAGGGUGGACACAGAAUGAAAGGGAGCUGAAACGAGAGCGGAGGAAACAGUCUAAUCGAGAAUCUGCUAGGAGGUCAAGGCUGAGGAAGCAGGCUGAAACUGAAGAACUUGCACAUAAAGUUGAAUCAAUGAUUGUUGAGAAUGAGGCAAUAAAGUCUGAAAUAAAUGGAUUGACUGGUAACUCGGAGAAACUAAGGCUAGAGAAUGCUACAUUAAUGGAGAAACUGAAAAAUUCACAACUAGGACUACAACAGAGAGAGGAGAUAAUUUUGAACAGUAUUGAUGACAAAAGAACCCUACCCGUUAGUACAGAAAACCUGCUGUCGAGAGUUAAUAAUUUGGGUUCGGGUUCAAUUGGUAAGAGCAUUGAGGAAAAGAGUGGCAUGUAUGAAAAGAACUCAAGUUCUGGUGCCAAGCUGCAUCAACUCUUAGAUGCAAGUCCCAGGGCUGAUGCUGUGGCUGCUGGCUGUUCAUGAUCAUCAUGGAAACAGCAAUACCGCAGUUUUUUUAGUUAUGUGGUUUUGGCAAUAUUAAAAGCCCAGAAUUACUGCUAACAAUAAGCGGAAGAAUGAAUCAAACAACUGAAUAGGAUUGGUAUCCCUGAAAAUGCAGACUCUAAUUUUUACUUGUUUAUAAGUUAGCUUAUUCAUGUUUGAACUAAUGUAACUUUAUUAGUAUUCAGAGUGCAUGGACAACCACAGAAAAGUAAUGUACAUUGAGGAGAUUUAGUUAGGGUUCGCCUGUGCUGUGACGCGUGUCUGCUUGUGAAAUUUUAUGAACUGGUGAUUUGGUCCUUUUGUGGUACGUGAAUGAGAAGAAUUGGGUGUCUUUAACCUUCUUAA